UAUAGUGAUCUGUCCAUCAAGCUAGACAAAUGUGUGUUACAUGUAAAUCCAAAGGUACAAAUUGCGAAUAGGCAACGUAUCUUGCGAAUUGAAGGGAAGCGAUUUGGGAAAGGAUUGCACAAGGCUUACCGAUGGAGAAAAGACACGGUGUCGUGAGAGGUUAAUUACGGGAAUAUGAUUAAAGCAUCAGAUGGAAUCAUGAACUGAGACGCUGAAUGAUGGAGGUCAGUGGCGGCGGGGUGCUGUGUGACACAGUUAAGAGAAGCAGAGUAACUAUUGUAUGUUUAUAUGAUCUGUGAUAGUCACGUGUACCUUGUGGAGGUGUCAUCCACGAUACUGCCCUGUGCCUUGUGGAGGUGUCAUCCACGACACUGCUGUGUACCUUGUGGGGGUUUGAUCUGUGACACUGCCUUGUACCUUGUGGGGGUUUGAUCUGCGACGCUGCUGUGUACCUUGUAAAGGUUUGAUCUGUGACACUGCUGUGUACCUUAUGGAAGUUUGAUCUGCGAUACUGCUGUGUGCCCUGUGGAGGUUUGAUCUGUGACACUGCUGUGUACCUUGUGGAGGAUUGAUCUGUGACACUGUCUUGCACCUUGUGGAGGUUUGAUCUGUGACACUGCUGUGUGUCCUGUGGAGGUUUGAUCUGCGACACUGCCUUGUACCUUGGGUUUUUUAUCUGUGACACUGUUGUGUGCCCUGUCGAGGUUUGAUCUGCGACACUGCCUUGUACCUUGUGGAGGUUUGAUCUGUGACACUGCCUUGUACCUUGUGGAGGUUUGAUCUGUGACACUACCUUGUACCUUGUGGAGGUUUGAUCUGUGACACUGCUGUGUACCUUGUGGAGGUUUGAUCUGUUACACUGCUGUGUACCUUGUGGAGGUUUGAUCUGCGACACUGCCUUGUACCUUGUGGAGGUUUGAUCUGUGACACUGCCUUGUACCGUGUGGAGGUUUGAUCUGUGACACUGCUGUGUACCUUGUGGAGGUUUGAUCUGUGACACUGCCUUGUACCUUGUGGAGGUUUGAUCUGUGACACUGCCUUGUUCCUUGUGGAGGUUUGAUCUGUGACACUGCCUUGUACCUUGUGGAGGUUUAAUCUGUGACACUGCCUUGUACCUUGUGGAGGUUCGAUCUGCGACACUGCUGUGUACCUUGUGGAGGUUUCAUCUGUGACACUGCUGUGUACCUUGUGGAGGUUUCAUCUGUGACACUGCUGUGUACCUUGUGGAGGUUUCAUCUGUGACACUGCUGUGUACCUUGUGGAGGUUUCAUCUGUGACACUGCCUUGUACCGUGUGGAGGUUUGAUCUGUGACACUGCCUUGUACCUUGUGGAGGUUUCAUCUGCGACAUUCGUUAUUGCUUUUCUGAUUGUUGUUUUUGUUUUUCUUUCGUAAUGACGGGAAGUUUGUCUUUUUACACGAUCGCCUAUUGAUGAAAGAUUAUCUUAUAUCAACAUGGAGGAUCGACUAUUUCAAUUCGAUCGCGAAAUCAAAAGAAUGCCCUUUGCAUACAAACAUUAGUUACUGACUUCUUACCGACUUGAAAUUUAAAUAAAAAUGUAGGAGGAGAAUUCAAAGAUGAUUCCAACCAAAGAACCAUAUCACCCAUAAAAUAAAGUUGUUAAACAUGUGAAACCGAAAGAACUGAAAUUUAAACAACUCAUGUUUCCUGUGCUGCAAUUGUAAGCCAUGUCUUCUCAGGCAGCACCAAAAUCAAAACCGGCUUCAAAACCAAAAGGAGGCACUGUGAAAAAGAGGCCAGUGUUUGUGGGGAGAAGGGGGGCAGGGGGGCCUCCAGGCUCCAAGCCGUUGAGUAUAGCCGUGACAGCUGUGAUCGGACUCGGGUUCGUUGGUGGCGGUAUUGGCAUGAUUGUCUAUAGCGACCACAACAAUACAACAACUGACUUUGUCAUCAUCGGGGGGUGUAUGAUCGUUUUCGGCCUCAUGUUCCUGGGUGUUGCAUCUGUGUUCGUCAUCAAACCUCUUUACUUGCAACGACGCGUCCAAGCCGUCAUUGACGAGAAAGCUCGGGAAGACGCUGCUCUCGGGGUCGACGACUACGUCGGAGGUCAAGGCCUUUCGGUCAAUGUCGCCGACGGCGCGAAACAGCGCCGCCCUAGCGCCGUAGACCUGUACUAUGGGGACGGGGGUGUGGAGAUACCUGUGAGGGGUCACCCCGACACCUUGCCCCGACCCCCUCCACCCCUCGUGGCCCUGCCAGGGAAUGACAGACACAAACAACUGGUGCCAACCUUCCAGGCCCCUCUGCCCUCCGAACCCCAGAACAACGAGAACAUUAGUCGUCAGUAGACACAGAAUCCGCGCGGUCUAUUAACGAAGCAUGUUUAUACUGAGGGGAAGAACUAAGGGAACGUCGAGAAAGGAAAGCGUGUGUUCGGUGUGGAUUUGUGAAUGUUCCUCGAAGAAAGUUCGGUAAUAUAAUGAAUACAUGGGAUAAUAUCAUUUUUUCGAAAUGAAACAGUUUUACUGAAAACGUCAAAAUCGCUAUUCUGCAACAUGUUCUCUUAUUUAUUCCCACCAGUAUUUAAAUAUGUAUAUAGCUUAAUGUAUGUAUUAUAGGAUUGUGUUCAUAGUAUGUGGACCGCCUCGUGGUCUACUGGAUAGAGCGCAACGGAAGGUCGGUGGUUCGAUCCCAAGCUGCGUCAUACCACAAUCCGUAAAAGAUGGUAAAUGCUGUUACCCUGAUAAAACAAGGUCUGGUCGGCUUGGAGUCAGCAUACUUUCUCCGAUUGGGGUAUCCAAUUUAAACUGCGGCACGGUAUCUCAGUGGGCUAGCACUCUAAAACCGGCAUUAGUCCGUACUAGUACAAGUAAGCAAACGCACGCACGCAGCACGCACGUCGCUAUAUAAGUGCAAUACUCUUGAAUGCGACGGUACACCCCACCUCACCCCAUUGAGUGUACAACAUGUGUGUACGCUUUACAGUGGGAGACUCCAACAUGACGUUUGAGCCAUAUUUACCCUUUUGUUCGCGAUCCCUUAUAUCUGGCGUUAAAUAAAAAUAUGUGUUCAAUCAACUACUUGCGAUGUUUUAAUUAUACCCGGAUAUAUACCUAGAGAAUCCAGUGGGUGAGAAUCGAUAUUGUUAGCAACGAUCUGCGCCGUAUGGGUACGAGGCCUGUCACGGAGCCUGACCACCCAUUCACUAAGUCGCCUCUCACUACCAGCAUCUGUUGCUGAGGACCAGUUCCAUCCCGGAGUCCCCACGGAGACCAGAUAUCAAGUUGAAGUCCCCGGCAUGGUCACCUGCUGAGACCCUGCUUGGUUUUAUUAAAUUUUGUAGUGAUUGGUCAUGAUUGGUCAUUUGUUCUAGAACGAUAUGAUUAAAAAGACUUUGUCAUGAGCGCUAACUAUUAUUAACCAGUUCAAUUUUAGCUGUAUUCGCCUUGACCUUAAUAUGACGUCUUUUUCCUAGAUGAAAUUAAAGCCUAAACAGACACACCCCAAUGCAUGUGAAAUCAUCUACAAUACAUGGCGUCAAGGAAUAGAAAGAGUUUGUUAUUUCGUGGUCGGCGUUUGCUGGAAGUCACUGUUACAUACGUCGUCAAAUGCAUGCGCCUUAUAGCGCGCGUUGUUGCCGUGCGUGUUGUUAUUACUGCUGAGUCAUGUUUAUGUUUCCACAAACAACCUGCAACAUCCCC